AUGGACCAUGCAAGCUCCGGCGCCUCGUCCUCUCCCUCGUUCUUAACUGGAGCAUCUCUCUGGUCAGGUCGCAGACACUGGGAGUCUCUCUCUCCGCCUCGCGUUUCUCUGAUCGAAGACGCGAAUCUGCUUCUAAGAGGCGGCGAGCGCAUUGCGCUCGUGGGGCCCAAUGGUGCAGGCAAGACGAGUCUCCUGCGCAUCAUCAAGGCGGCAGCAGACCAGCAGCGAAGCGGCGCGCCACCUGUCUCUCCAGGGCGUCUCCUCCACACGGUCCGACCCCUCGACCUCUCCGUUGCCGCAGGCGACACUUCGACGGGCUGCGCGAGCGCGACCGAACUGCGCACGGCUCGCCAGCGCUAUCUGGGUGGUUUCGCCCCUACAGGGCAGCCUUGGAGCCGUGAAAACGAGGACGGACUCGAGGGGGGAGAAGGCGAGGGAAAAGAGAUACAGGUGGGCGGUGAAAUCGCCUUUUCGCAUCCGGAUUUGCGCGUCGGCCUGUUGAAGCAAGAAGGCCUAGAAGCUCUGACCGGCGCCGAAAGAGAGAGGACAGUGGAAGAAGAAGUGGAACGGGAGGCUCGCCGUCGAAGAAAAGAAAUUGAAGCAGCGAUCGAGACUGUCAGUGAGAAGAUUGAGCGCCUCUCGCGUGGUGAGACGGUCGACGAAGGCGGGAGUUGGGACUCCAGUGAACCCCGAGAUCCGCACGAGCCGGAAGCGAUCCCAGGAACCCCCGGUCCGAGUCUCCAGAACCACGCAGACUGGAAGAGGAGAAAGUCGCAUCGGCGGAAGCAGCAGGCGUGGGAGCCGCGACGUAGCUCGCGCGAUGACGCGACAGGCCCUGACUCCUCUGACUCCUCGUUGCCGGCGGCGAGCGAGGGGACUGCGUCGUCGGCACGUCUCGCGUCUCUCCUCGACCUGCUGGCCUCUCUUCAAGAAGAAGAGCUGUCUUUGCACCCUUCGAAACACGACCUUUUCCUCCGUCAAGUUUUAAGCGAGACCGGCUUCGCGACGUCCGGGGAGCGGUCGCAGCCCCUGGGGGCGCUGAGUGGAGGGGGUCGCAUGCGCGUGCAGCUUGCAAAGGUCUUGGCUAGCCAGCCCGACAUUCUUCUUCUGGACGAGCCGAGCAAUCAUUGUGACUGGGCAGCCACGGACUACAUUGCGCGUCUUCUCGCGCGUCUCCCCCAUCCGCAGCUUCUUGUCUCGCACGACCCGCGUCUUCUUCUCUCUUCGCACGCUUCGGUUUCCCGGCGAGGCCUCAGCAACCGCGGGGAGGCCCGCGACUUGUGCUCACACGUCGUCGAGCUCGUCAGCGGGCGUUUGAGCGAGAAGGUUCCUGGCGAUUUUGCGGUGUUUGAGCGCAAGCGGGACGCGUGGAUGCGGCAGUGGAUGGACCGAAAGGAAAAGCUCCAGGCCGAGCUGGAGUUCCACAGGCGACGCAUGCACAAGUGGAGACUGAUGGAGCAGACGGAAGGGAACAAACUCGCCCGGAAACGCGGAGGCGAAGGCCUCAAGCUGCGGACCGGCGAGGAAGAAGAAAAGAUCCAGGACUUGGAGAGACAGCUAAAGGACGAGGCGCAGCGCGAACCGCCAUGGGAAACGUGGAAGAAACAGCGAGGCCAGGGCUUGCGAAUUCCAUUCGCCGAGGACGAAGAAGAAGGCGAAAUUCUCCUCCGGAUCUCCAGAGCCAGCGUCGGCUACUGGGCAGAGGAAGACGACACGCGCGAGCGAGAAACGGCGGGCGCUCCAGGCCAAAAGCCGGCGGACGACGCAGCCAGCGAAGAGGGCGAGGAAGGCUCAGGCGAAUAUGAAAACGUGGGCAGUAUGGCCGAAUGCGACGACACGAGAGAAGGAGGCGCCCUCGAGCCUCGGCGAGCGGACGAGAGCGACAGGGAGACACGUGGAGAUGCACCAGGCGUUUCGGGGCGGGCGUUCGCAGGGCGGAGGGCGUCGCAUGCGGCCCAGCCCGAGGAAGGCUCUGCGGAAGUCGCCGGAGUGCGGCGAGGACGGAGCGAGUCGCAGGAGCGCCACGCCGUCCUCGAAGGCGUUGAUCUCACCCUUCGGUCCGGCUCGCGCGUCGCCAUUGUCGGCCCGAACGGAUCAGGCAAGUCCACGCUUCUCAAACUGCUCGCAGGCCGCUUCCGCGUGGCCAAUGCGGAGCUCGGAGGGGACGGCGAGGCGGGGAGGGCGGAGCGCGAAGGCGGCGAACGGGCGUGUGGAGACUCAGGGCGCCGGAAAGACGGGGGGAAAGCCCUUGGGGGGGCGUGGGGUCGGUUGCGCGCCCGGCCGCAGCAAGAGACGGUGGUUCUGCUGUCUGGCGAGCGGCAUGUUCCAAAGCAAGUCGAAAACUCCAUUUGUCUUCUUGAGCAACACCGCGCGGACAUCCUGCCGCUUCACCUGACGCUCCUCGAGGCUCUGCGCUUUCUGAGGCGGCGGUACGCGCCCGACGGCGGGGGGACCGAAACGCUGGACGCGACGCAGCGGCCGACACGGCGGCCGCAGCCAUGUGAGGACGAGAACGCGCUUCGCGCGAUCUUGGGGCGCCUCGGAUUCAAGGGGAAGGAAGUCCACAAGCGAGUGUCUGUUCUCAGUGGGGGCGAGAAAGCUCGCGUGGCUCUUGCAGGGCUGAUGCUGGCCGAUGCGCCCUGUCGCAUUCUUCUCCUCGACGAGCCGACCAACCACUUGGAUGCCUUUUCGGCUGCGUCGCUUCAGAAGCUCCUCGAAUCCUUUUCGGGGGCGCUUGUCGUCGCGACUCACGAUGCAGCGUUCGCUGCGAAGGUCGCCAACGAAGUUUUCCUCGUCGACCGAGCUGUGCAGGGUGCGGCCUCCGCAGAGGCGGGCGCCCACGGCUCUCUCCGCCCGCUGGCCAGCGCUCUACAGUGGGAGGAGAAAAGGGAGACACGUGAGGGAAGCGAUGGAGACAGCGAGGGAUGCGACGGAGACAGCGAGGGGGGGAACCUUUCUGCGGCCCCGCCCGGCGAGGCAAGCGCCGUUCAGGGGCGAGGUCCACUUGGGGCAGAAGACGGGACGGACGGAGGCCGAGGCGAAGCAGAGGGAGGAGAGGGAGGAGAGGGAGGAGAGGGAGGAGAGGGAGAAGGCGAGAACGGAGGCGACACUCAAGGUGUGGAAACCGAGGCGGCAAAGAGACACUCGGGUGUCGCGGCGACUGAGAGCGAGGAUCGCGGGAAGCAGGCGUCGAUCCAGAGAUCCAUGGACUCGUGGACAGUCGGAUGGGUACGGGAAAUGCGCCAGCAAGGAUGGAGCCCGAUGGCUUCCCUCCUGUCUGCGCCCACGUUUCAUUCGCGGCCAGGCGGGAAAAGAAAAAUGUCUGAGAAGAAAAGAAAAACGUUCGGCGGAAAGGGCGCUUCCGGAAGAGUCAAAGGCGUGAAGAAUUUGAAGAGGUGGACCGAGUAG